CAGAGCACAAUCCAAGCAAUUCCCUCUCCUCACCUCAUAAACCAUCAUCACCAUGGAUGGUAAGGGAGCCCAUUUAGCCUUUAAGUCACGCUGGCGCAAGACGGAUGAGGAACUGUGUCGACACAGCAUGUCUUUUAUCUUGCACAAGGCCAUACAAACUGAUUUCUUUCAGAGUUACCUCUACCUGCUGGAGCGGCUUCCCCUUGUGAAACUUUAUGCUUUAACGAGCGAAGUGAUCAGUGGCGAGAUGCAGUUCUAUGCCAGAGCCAAACAUUUCUAUUGGAAAGUGCCAGCGACAGAAGAGGGCAUGAUGGGAGAUUACAUUGAGCUGUCCAAUAUGGACAUUGAAUCCUCCAGGGAAUUUCUUAGGAAGUUUAUUGGGGGUCCUGGGAAAGCUGGCACUGAGCAUGCCCUCGACUGUGGUUCUGGGAUUGGACGGGUCACUAAGCAUGUCCUCUUGCCAGUUUUCAAGAGCGUGGAACUGGUGGAUAUGAUGGAGAAUUUUCUGGCUGAGGCCCAGAACUAUUUACAGGGCAAGAAGGACAGAGUAAAGAUGUACUAUUGCUACAGUCUCCAGGAAUUCACUCCAGCACCCCAAAAAUAUGAUGUCAUCUGGAUACAAUGGGUUUCAGGAUACCUGACGGAUAAAGAUCUGGAGUUUCUUAUCCGGUGUCAAAAUGGCUUGAAGGAUAAUGGCAUUGUCAUUCUCAAGGACAACGUGGCCCGGGAAGGCUGUAUCCUAGACCCACUGGACAGCAGUGUGAUCUGAGACCUGAGCAUCCUCCAAAGCCUCGUUGAGAAAAGUGGACUCACCAUCCUGCAGCAGGAGAGGCAAAAGGGCUUCCCUGAGCAGUGUGUCCCCGUCUGGAUGUUGGCCAUGCAGAAGGACUCUGGCCUACCCUGAAAGGGGGUAUGCAUGGAUAUGAAGCCCCUGAAACAUGACUGAUGCUCAGAACUUGCGCUGAGAGGAAGAAAAGAAAAUGUCUGCUAAAAUCCCACUAUUAGUGUAGCUCUACAGCUACAGGGCUCUGCCCUCCAGAAUGAUCAUGAGAGUAACUGCACAUGAACCAGGGCAUGCUGGCAACUACCCUGUUCCCAAAACCAGGCUGCCUCGUCUUCACAUCUUCUACUAAUAGGCUUCCUCUCUGUGAGAUUUCUAUUUUGUUAAAGGGAUAAAACUCAUCUGUGAGAAAAUAAUUAGGCUAAAGCUUUCCAAAGUGACUUGAGAGUCUCAGAUUUUGGGUGCCCCAUUUGAGAUGCCAUAACGAAGCCUGUUUUUUACAGAGGAUGGAUGGAAAUCAGGGCCCCUUAAGAAGAUUCAAGUUGGACAUAUAAAUUACUUCUCUUCUGAAAAUCUCAGUAUAACUACAUAUCUGUGUGGCAAAUAAUACUUAGAUUAUUGGAAUUGAAAAUGUCAGGAGUGUCUAAUCUAUUUACUGUCAGUUAUGCUGUUUAUUUAUUUAUUUUUCCAUUUCACUCAGGUUGGAUGGUGAAACUAAUCUGGUCAAUUUCAUAUUUUUAAGUCAAUUUCACUUCCUUCUUCCCCUGCCCUAGAAGGAUGCUUAUAUUAGGAUUCUCAACACUUCUGGGGAAAGUGUCAGUGACAAAGAUCUACACUGUAAAAAGCUGUUUGCGUUGAAAACUUUGCAAAAUGGUUUCUACAUUUAUUAAGUUGCGGAAGACAUUUGUUCUCUAACCAAAAGCUGCAUUCACAGCAGAAACUGCUUUGGCGAUUCCCCUCUUGAUUCAUACAACCAUGAGGUCCUUUCUUUCCCACUGUUGCAGGUUUCACUGAGAGGCCGGCAGGCCUAGUGGGCAGGUUGUGGCCUGUCUAUUUCUCUGUGCCCCCAAAAUUAACCCACGUGUACUGGAUUGGUAUGUAGGGGGACCCAGCCCACCAUCUCCAUCAGGUCCCAGCCCAGGGCCCAUGGGGAAGAGGUGUGGAACAUGUUGGUCACCUCUUCCUGGUGCACUUGACUAGUCUUCCUUGGGAUGCUUCCUACCUCCCUGUUCUCUGUCUGGUUUAGCGUGUAGGCAGAGCCCACUUUCUCCUCAGUGGGGGUUCCCAGUCAGUGAACUAAGCACUUCGCAGGUCUCUUGGUAGUGUCCAAUUAUUCUCCCUCUGCAGAGAGUGGGGGA